CUGGAAAUGCCGAAGAGACGAGACCUCCUAACCAUCGUGUUAAUUGUGGUUCCCUGGACUUUGCUAAUCACAUUUUGGCAUCAAAGUGUCAUUCCACCUCUGCUUGCUGUUCAAAAUGAUGGAAAAGCUGAGGUGAUCAGAGACCAUGACAGGAGACUAAGGCCUCAGGGAUCCUGCACUAUAGAAAACAGACACAUAGUGAAGGUAGUCCAGACAGGGUACACUUAUAGCAGGCCUCCACCCUGGUCUGAGGUGCUCCCUGUUAUUUAUGUUGUAACCCCAACCUACAGCCGGCCGGUUCAGAAGGCCGAGCUGACGAGACUGGCCAACACUCUCCUCCAUGUCCCCAAUCUGCAUUGGAUUUUGGUGGAGGACUCUCAGCGGAGGACCCCACUGGUCACUAAGUUGCUCCGUGAUACAGGGCUAAAUUUCACUCAUCUCAGUGUGGAGACACCCCAAAAUUUGAAGCGACACGGAGAAACUGGAGAUUCACGCAUCCCCCGGGGAACUGUGCAGAGGAACCUGGCCCUCAGCUGGCUUCGCGAAACCUUCAGUGUCAACACUAGCCAACAGGCUGUUGUCUAUUUUGCCGAUGAUGACAAUACCUACAGCCUGGAGCUGUUUGAGGAGAUGCGCUCAACACACAAGGUGUCUGUAUGGCCUGUAGCCUUUGUUGGAGGACUUCGUUAUGAAUCACCCAAAGUCAACACACUUGGCAAAGUAUACGGCUGGAAAACAGUCUUUGACCCGCGUCGUCCUUUUGCCAUAGACAUGGCUGGUUUUGCAGUGAAUCUACGACUUAUUCUCCAUAAGCCUGAAGCCUGCUUUAAACUACAUGGUGUUAAAGGAGGCUAUCAGGAGAGCAGCCUCUUACGAGAGCUGGUCACUCUCAACGAUUUAGAGCCCAAGGCCGAUAACUGCACUAAGGUUCUUGUGUGGCACACUAGAACUGAAAAGCCUGUACUCGUGAAUGAAGGGAAAAAGGGAUUCACCGAUGCUAAUGUGGAGAUAUGA